AUGGCCUCGCACCGCAUCGGCGCGCGCGUCGCGGGCCUCUCGCCAGCGCAGCUGUGCGCCAUCAUCGAGGCGCAGUCGGGCGCGAGCGACGCCGCGCUGCGUGUGGCGGAGGAGCACGCCGCACGGCUCGUGGAGCAGCCCGAGUGGGUGCUCUCCGAGGUCCUCCUCUCUCCGGACCUCGCCCCGCACAUCCUCGCUCAUCUGCCGACCACGGAGCACGCCGCCAAGGGGACGCGUCGAUUUGGCGUCUGGUCGUCCUCGUCGUCCACGACCCGCUCGUCUCGCGGUACGGGCUCCCUCUUUGCCCAGCUCCGCCCCGGGUCGGCGGCGGCGGCGGCGGCGGCGGCGGCCGAGGCUGCUGCCGAGGCUGCUGCCGAGGCUGCUGCCGCAGCAGAGGCGGCGGCGCAGGCAGCCGCGUGGGAGAGGGCGCACGCCGGCGACGGCGAUGGCAUCGCCUCGGCCACCGCUUCUGUCCGGUCGUCCGCGUCCGACGCCGAAGCAUCGUGGGCAUCGGCGGACCAAGAUGCCGGCGGGCCGUCGUACUGCUCGGCGGUCGCGUGGGCGGCGGCUCGCCGCGCCUCGGCGGCGGCGGCCGCUUCCGCAAAGGCGUCGCAAGCGCUCGUUGCAGACCUCGAGCGGCCUCGCCCCGGCAGCGCCGGCCUCGCUGGGCGCUCCGGCGGCUCCCCGGCUCCCCUGAGCACGUCCCUGCUGCAGCGGCUGGCGCCUCCGUCGCCGCGCCGCCGCCUCAGCCGCGCCACCUCCGCGGUCCACGCCGCGCCGCCGCCCCUCUCGCGGCGGGCUGCGAGUGGCGGCGCGCUGCCGCCGAUUCGAGACCGCUGCAGCGAGCACACCUCCUCUUUGGGGGAGGCGCCCCGGGGGAGCGGCGUGCAGGGCUCGCCCCACUCGCUGCAGCAGCACGCCGCGGCCACCGACUCGCUGCUCGUCUCGGCGCGAGAUCUGGGGAGAUCUGGGGAGAUCUGGGGAGAUCUGGGGAGGUCUGGGAGGUCUGGGGAGAUCUGGGGAGGCGCGGCAGCAGCGGCGGCGCGCCUCCUCGUUCGAGGGCGUGGAGGAGCGAGAGGGGGCCACGAGAUGACCGAGAUUGAGCAGCUCGUCUCGAAGCCGCCGCCGCCGCCGCCGCCGCUGCCGCCGCCGCCGCCGCCGCCGCUGCAGCACGCGCGCAGCUCCGACUUUGGAAGCGAUUUUGCGGGCUACCGCCGUGUGGUGGUGGCCAUCCUCGACUUUUGCGUGGAGCAGUGCCGCAAGUGGCUCUCGCCUCCAAAGUCUCGCCCCACCGCCCGCCCCGCCGCUUUCGGCGCGCCUGCGCCCGCCGCGCCGCCGCCGUCCGACGUGGCGCCGGCAGACGAGCAGCCGGUGCCAGAGCCGGUGCUCGGGCUGCUGCGGAUCCCUCUGGGCGAGAGCGGCUGCCACGAGAGGGCGGUCGCCGCCGUCGCCGCCGGCUCGGACCUGCUCUCGGAGCUAGAGGCGCACGCGCACGCACUCGCCGGCGAGACCGGCGCCUCUCCCUCCGCGGUGCUCUGCCGGCUCUGGCAGCAGCUGCUGACCUCUGAGGCGGGGCACGCCGAGGACGAGCCGCACCAGGCCGACCGCGCUGGCCGCCCCGACGCGAGCCGGAGGAGCCGGGGGUGGGGGACCGGCCGUGGCGACGCUGCAGCGCCACCGCUUGCCGCGCUCAGGCGCGCGCAUUGCACGCACACACUCGCAGACGAGACGCACGCGGAGCUGCGCCAGGCGCUGGCGCACCCCGCCCCCCCGCCGCCGAGCCGGGACCGACUUGGAGGCGAUCGUCGGCGGCGCCGAGGUCGCGGCGAGGCUCCGCGUCGGCUCGCAGCAGCUGCGAGCGUCGCUACGGCUCUCGCUCGACGACGCCGCGGACCUAAAGCUGGCAGCGCAAGUGCUGCGCGAUUCGGCCCCGCUCUUGGCCCGUGUCGGGCGACAGGCCGCCGCGGGCGGCGCGUCGGCAGACGAGCGGCUGCGUCGGUUGGUGCCGCCGACCCCCGCGCCGCGUUGAGUGAGGCUCGCACUCUCGCUCUAGAGGAUGGGGUCAGACUGUUCGAGCGCGUCGCCUCGGAGAGGCGUCGAUGGGGGUGAGCAAGUGAAACACACAUAUCGUCAUGAAACAUCUAACAUGAACCGGCACCGUGCCGGUCAUGAAGAUGAACAACAGGCUCAAGCCACACCUCCGGCUUUAUAUGUCAAAUGUGUUCUUGAUUGUCUUAGAUUGUCUAUAACU